AUAUCCAUACAAAGUAUUUAGUGGAGGUGCUCACUCCUCUUGGGGGAGGCAGUUCUCACAAGUGAGCUUUGUGUUUUGCCCGGCCUUGAGAUCCGUCAAUGACAUGCCGCCAGAGGAGGGCUCUAUCACUGCAGCCGGCUUGAGGGGGAGAAGACGAUCACAUCAUGCUUGUCUCACUUGCAGGAGGAAGAAGACCAGGUGCCCGGGCGAGAGGCCGGCGUGCUCCAGCUGCGUCCGGCUCUCGCAGUCGUGUACCUAUCCCGCGGUGAGGCCAUCGCAGAGCGGUAGAUCGGAUGAGAGGCUACAAACCUUGGAAGAGAAACUGGAUCUCCUCCUCAGCGGAGGGGGCUUACCGAACCACCCCGCCCGCCAUGGACAAGCGCAACAGCAGGCAUCGUACGACGAAGUCACCGACGCGUCGGAGAAGUCGUUUUCUGCGACGCCGCCGUCUCGUAACGCCAGGCCGAGCUACGCGACCGACAACAGCAACAACUCGUCCGUCGUCUUCGAGCCGAACGACAUGGCGACGGGCGUCGACCUCUACUUCAAGUACUGUCACCGCCAGCCGAUCUGGUGCUUCGAGAGGGAUGAGUUGGGCGACUACGACUCCCUCCCGGAGGAGCUCGCCAGCAGCAUCUUGGCGCUCACGUCGCGGUUCUCCGAAAAGCGAGACCACAUGCAGCUGUACAGCAGCAAUGCCAAGACGUUGAUCAUGCUCCGCAUCGCCAACGGCACGGUGGACAUCACGACCAUCGAGAGCCUGUGUCUUUUGUCAUACUCGUCGUUCAUAGAUGGCAAUGUUCACCUCGGCCAGUUCCAUCUCGGCCUUUCCCUCCAGCUCUGCCGGUCCGCCACGCUGGACAUGGAAUCCUCCUAUGCCGUGGAGGAUCACACCACGGAUCGCAAAAAGAGGCUGUUCUGGAGCCUGCAGUUGCUGGAGCAGUCCUACGGCCGGCAAGACGGCCUCUUGGGCUUCCCAAACGACGUGCGCCGGCCCACGCUACCGACCAGCGGGAAGCAGACGGAUCUGGACUCAUCUUGGGCGCCGCCGCUGCCGCGAGACGACCUGGGCACGACGGCGCCGAGCGAGCCGGGCAUCUGGAACACGGGCGUCUGCCUGGGAUGGGUUUGGAGCCAGGUCAGGAAAUACGUCUCGGACUGCGCGCGCAACAUCCUGAAGGAGCCGUGGCGGAACGACUCGACAUACGCCAAGGUGCUCUCGGACUUUUUGGAGACGGAGAACAGGAUCCCAAUGUGCCACCGCUACGACUCGGUCAAGUUCUACGAGCGCAAGAUGGACGAGCUCAAGAUGAACCGCGACUACUGGGCGCCGUGGCUCAAGGAGCAGUUCACCUACCAUGUGAUCCCAACCGUCCUCAACCACCCGUUCCUCUACAUCGUCGGGGCUCAGCACAACCCGAACCUGGGGAUCCCAAACACCUUCUGGAGGCGGUCGUCGGAGCAGGCGUUGCUCCACGCCACCUGGAUCGUCCGCAUGAUCGACAUGGUCGUGGACAAACAGGUGCCGCUGGUAGAUCCCUUCUUCGGACACGUCGCUGCGAUUGCGGCUACCGUGCAUCUCUACUACUGCUGCGCCGCGGCGGCGCGGUUGAAGCACAAAUCCAACACGGACUUUGCCAAGUGCAGGAGGUUCCUGAAGAGCUUCAUACCAUGCUCGGCGGCCUGCGGUGCGCUGGAUCGGAACUUGGACAGGAUGACGCGCAUCGCCGCGGGGAGCGAGAACAUGGACGUCGAGGAUUGGAUGCCAUCCAAGAUCUACCUCAGCGUGCCCCUGAUGUGGGAGAUUCUGCAGUUCAACUCGACGGCGGACUCGCAAGAGAUCCCCAGCGCCGGCCUCCUGAACGCCUCCCUCACGCCGGCCGUGCCGCCCGUCGACACGAGCGACAGCUCGACGCUCGAGAUCAUCGUCGCCACGUCGCCCGAGAUCACGAUCAACAUUGCCGACGGCGGGCAGGAGGCGCCGACGUCGUCGUACAAGAGGCCGCCGGUAUCGUCAUCGGGACUGCGUAACUCAACAUCAACAACAACCACUUCUACUUCUGCCGGUGCUGCUACUACUACUAGGGCGGCGUCAUCAUCGUCGAGGGCGGCCGUGUUCGAUCCGCCAACUGUCGAGCAGAUUGACAGUCUGACUUUCAACACGACGCCUUGGCUGUACGCGGAUCCGUCGCAGCUGCUGGGCAUCGGGGACAUGGGUUAUCCGCAGUCGGAAACGGGCAAUGCAUGGUGGGAAGGCGAGAACUUUAACAAUAUCAUGUUUAAUCAAUUUUAGCAAUGACCAUUCUCCCUCAUUACCUGACUAUUACCUACUCAUCGUGUGCCUUUCGAGGAUGAACAUCCAAGUUGCAUCCGAUCAAUCCCAAAUA